UCCCGAGGAAGCGUGCUUUGAGAGCCCAUGAUUGUCUCUAGUCGGCUAUCUACAGUGUGGCAGAACAUUUCGAUUUUUUGGGUACGAAGGGUUUACCUAUACAACAACUCAAGAUUUAUUGACGAUGGCGCAACUUACAUCAUUGUUUUAUAAAAGGUUGGAAAUUGAAGAUUUCUCAAGGACUUCUGUAUCCUUUCUUCAACCUCCAUUGUUUUUGAGUAGCUUAUAAAUUCCUUUCCCUAUUGCGUGGAUUAAAACGGAAGUGUUUCCCCAACCAGGUUAGCCGGAUCCCCCUCCUAACCUGGUAUCCCAGAGGACACCUGAAGCACCCCCACAUCUGACAAAGAGGUGAAAGGUAGAGUUGGAGCAUAACACCUCGUCAGAAUCAUGGGACAAACUGGGACAUCAUCUUUCCUCUUCUGUACUCUCCAACUCACAGUGUUGUUGGCAGUUUUUUCAUCUGAAAUUACAUUUGUUACAGCGGUGAAUUCAAACCCAAGCCUUGGAACAAACUCUUCCAUUGGCAACCAGACUAACAAGAAGUGUGAUUCUGUGGGUACUGAAUGCAAAGUGGGUGUCAUUCUGCCCAAAUGGUUACCAGAGAACCCAUCCUUUGGAGAUAAACUGGCAAGAGCCACAGUUUACUUUGUGGCCUUGUUUUACAUGUUCCUGGGGGUCUCUAUCAUUGCGGAUCGCUUCAUGGCAUCCAUUGAGGUAAUUACAUCACAAGAGAGGGAGAUCACCAUCAAGAAACCAAAUGGCGAAAAAGUGACAACCACUGUUCGUAUAUGGAACGAGACAGUGUCCAACCUGACCCUUAUGGCCCUGGGUUCCUCCGCUCCGGAGAUCCUACUGUCCGUCGUUGAGGUGUGCGGUCACAACUUUGACGCAGGUGAUCUGGGCCCGAACACCAUCGUUGGUAGUGCUGCCUUCAACAUGUUCGUUAUCAUUGGACUCUGUGUUUCUGUCAUUCCCGAUGGAGAGCACCGGAAAGUCAAACAUUUGAGGGUAUUUUUUGUUACCGCCACCUGGAGUAUAUUCGCGUACACCUGGCUUUAUCUCAUCUUGGCUGUCAUCUCUCCGGGCAUCGUACAGGUGUGGGAGGGCCUUGUCACACUGUUCUUUUUCCCGUUGUGUGUAGGGAUGGCUUACGUUGCGGAUCGCAGACUUCUUGUCUAUAAGUACAUGUACAAGCGCUACCGCGCAGGGAAGCGAAGAGGGGUGAUCAUUGAGACGGAAGGGGAGGCUCAACUUCCUUCAAAGAUGGACAUUGAAAUGGAUGGGAAAAUGCUCAACUCAGAGAGCUUCAUGGACGGAGCGAUGGGUUUUGAUGAGAAGGACCUGGAUGAGGAGGAGGCCAGGAAGGAAAUGGCCCGGAUCCUGAAGGAACUGAAGCAGAAGCAUCCAGAGAAGGAGAUGGAGCAGCUGAUAGAACUGGCCAACUACCAGGUAUUGACACAGCAGCAAAAGAGUCGCGCCUUCUACCGAUGCCAGACUACCAGAAUCAUGACGGGAGCAGGGAACGUACUGAAGAAGCAUGCAGCAGACCAAGCCAGGAAAGCUGUUGGUGCAUACGAGAUCCGCUCCGAAGUUUCGGAGAAUGACUUUUCGUCAAAGGUCUUCUUUGACCCUGGUACAUACCAGUGCUUGGAGAACUGCGGUACAGUGGCCUUGAAUGUGGUACGCCUUGGUGAGGACUUGACUAACACUGUUUCAGUGGAAUACCGUACCGAAGACGGCACAGCCAAUGCCGGCUCGGACUACCAGUUCACUGAGGGCGUUGUGGUGUUCAAACCUGGUGAGACUGAGAAGGAGAUCCGGAUAGACAUCAUUGACGAUGACAUCUUUGAGGAGGAUGAGCAUUUUCUGGUCCACCUUAGCAACGUGAAGGUCAUAUCCGAGGGCACUGGCUACGGACAACCAAGGGCUAAUCAAGUGGACACUUUGGCGGGCCUUGGCCUACCCUGCUCAGCCACUGUGACUAUCUUUGACGAUGACCAUGCCGGGAUCUUUACUUUUGAAGAACCGGUAAUGACCGUGAGCGAGAGUAUCGGCAUGAUGGAAGUAAAGGUUCUCCGUACCUCAGGAGCGCGGGGACUAGUGGUCGUACCCUACAAGACCAUGGAGGGUACAGCAAAAGGAGGGGGAGAAGACUUUGAAGAUACGCACGGAGCGCUGGAAUUCCAGAACGAUGAGAUCUUCAAAACUAUACAGAUCAAUAUAAUCGAUGACGAGGAAUAUGAGAAAAACAAGAACUUCUUCCUUGAGAUGGGAAAGCCUCAGCUGCUGGAGAUGAGUGAGAGGAAAGCUGUGUUGCUUCAAGAAAUUGGUGGAUUCGUGAAGACAGACAAAAGGCUUUAUGGCAGGGACGUCUACCGGAAAGUGCAGGGUAGGGAUAACCCUGUCCCCGCCACCAUUAUCAGCAUUGCAGAGGAAGGGGGCGAGGAAGCUCUCUCCAAGAAAGAGGAGGAGGAACGCCGCAUCGCUGAGAUGGGUCGGCCCACCCUCGGGGAGCACGUCAAACUGGAAGUUGUCAUCGAGGAGUCGUAUGAGUUCAAGAACACAGUGGAUAAGCUGAUUAAGAAGACCAACUUGGCUCUAUUGAUUGGAACCAAUAGCUGGAGGCAGCAGUUUAUGGAAGCUAUCACAGUCAGCUCUGGCGAUGAUGAUGAGGACGAGUGCGGUGAGGAGAAGCUGCCCUCCUGCUUUGAUUACGUCAUGCACUUUCUCACCGUCUUCUGGAAGCUCCUGUUCGCCUUUGUGCCGCCCACCGACUACUGGAACGGCUGGGCCUGCUUCGUGGUCUCCAUCAGUAUGAUUGGCCUGCUCACCGCCUUCAUUGGAGACCUGGCCUCCCACUUUGGCUGUACCGUGGGCCUCAAGGACUCCGUGACCGCCGUGGUGUUUGUGGCGCUCGGGACGUCUGUGCCAGACACGUUUGCCAGCAAGGUAGCUGCAAUCCAGGACCAGUACGCUGACGCCUCCAUUGGCAACGUAACGGGCAGCAAUGCCGUCAACGUCUUUUUGGGGAUCGGCGUGGCCUGGUCCAUCGCCGCCAUCUACCACAAUUCCAAGGGCAACGACUUUCGGGUGGACCCAGGCACCCUGGCCUUCUCCGUCACCCUAUUCACCAUCUUCGCCUUUGUCGCCGUGGCCGUGCUCAUGUACCGGCGCCGGCCUGAGAUUGGGGGCGAGCUGGGUGGGCCCCGGGGCCCCAAAAUCGCGACCACCUGUCUCUUCUUCAGCCUGUGGCUCAUGUACAUCGUAUUCUCCUCCCUGGAAGCGUAUUGCCACAUCAAGGGCUUCUAACUUCUCUAUAAAGAAUCUGAAAGCAAGAUUCAAAAAGCAAUAUUUAAAAGAUCUUUGAAAGCUUCAGCUUCUAGAGUCUUCAAAAGCUUCAGAAAGAUCUUCGAAAGCUUCUUAGUCUUUGAAAGCUUCUAUGAGGUCUUAUAGAGCUAUUCAAAAGUAUUUGAAGACUUCUAAAAUAAAAUUGAAAGAUUUUUAGUCUUUGAAAGCUAAAAAGAAAAAAAAUAACCACUUUAUUGCUUUCAUCCAAGACCUCUGAACUAUGUACGAUUAAAUCCAAGGUUUUGGAGGCAUUGACGUGUCACAUCCAAGGUCUCCUACGCCAUUGACUACCACAUCCCUUUAUCCUAAAUCUAACAUCCAUGACAUCCAAUGCUUAAGCCAUCUACUGCCACAUCCAAGACAUCUGAAGAAUCCACUACUACAACUAAGGCCUCUGAACCAACUCCAGCAGGAUGGUGGCCCAAAAAAUUCAGACGUGAAAACGGAGGGAUUAUGUUGUUUUUUUAACUAUUAAUUUAGUGUUUGUCCUCUAGCUCCUUCAAUCCUGUUGUUGCAGGUUUAUUUUAAAUGGAAGCUCUCUGUUGACUUUCAUUGGAUCAAGACUCCUAAGGCUGUGUAUCCAAAAUGUAAUUUCAGAUGAAGCAAAAAAAUGGUGCUUGUUUGGUUAUACAGAACUUCAAAGCUAUGCCUGAAAGUGCUCCUGGCUGGCGUCCACAAUUUCUGUUCAGUGCCCCCCCAAAAAUACACUAGACAAAUAUGUCAUAAUAUCCCUGUAACACAGAAACGUGAGUGGUUGUUUAAAUGCGAAGGGCAUAUGGAUGAUAAAUACAUAGUUACUGAGGUAAAUACUUAAAUGAGACUAAUUCAUUGUAUGUCUACACAGUACUGUUGCAGUCAUGACUGCAUCUCCAAUAUUACAGAAACUAAAGAAACCUUUCCUUACUAGAAGAAUGUCUUGAUAUAAAAUGUCACUAAUGCAUAUAAUGUUUUUUUUUUUUUAAAUCCCCAUGAAACAUUUAUCAGCAACAAUACUAUUACACUAGACAAGUCAAUAAAUAAUUAAUUAGAGGUGAAAUUAGCAUUAUGGCUUUGUGAAAUGUAUUUAUAUCCUAUAAUGUCUUCUAUGAUCUUUCUUUUAAUUGUGUUAAACAUAUUUAAUUCAGUCGGCUUUGUCUGCUAACAGACCAUUUUUACAAUGAAGCGAUUGUGAGAAUGUUAUACAGUGGAGACAGUGUAAAAGAAGACUACAAUACACAGAAAUGUUUUGUCAGAAGGUGAUCUGGUUUUUCACUAAGAUACAUUUAACACAAUUUACAAAUUAAAUAUCAUUGUAAAACAAAAACUAAACUGUGUAAAUUGAAAUCAACAAGUUGUUUUAUCAACAAAAAGUAUAUAAUUGGAAGGAAUGAGCCUAGAUAUCUGUCAGUGAAAGCUUUUUGAAAGGAAUCAACCUUUUCUAGCGUGGUUGGUUGAGUUGAAGCUCUUUUGAUAUUCUUAUCAGACUUCUUAUGACAAGAAUUAUAUCCUAAGACAAGGAUACAGUAUGGAUCUUCCAUAUUUGGGUGAAUAGGACUUCCAUCGUAGUAAGAAGAUAAAGUCCAGAAAAUGUAUAGUAUGCCUUGGAUGGGCAACUGCCUUGGAUAGGCCUGCGGACCAAUACAUUUUUUUAAAAUAAAAAAAACACAUUCUUAGGAGCUUAGUUGGGGUCUCAACUUACGGUUGAGAGUUAGAAUAAUAGAAUACACAAGAUGCAAUUUCGAAAUUUGUUUGUGCAUCAGCAGUCACUCAAUUAGCCUAUGUCAGCUAAUUGUUUUUUGAUUGGUAAGUUAGUCUAGUGGCCAGCUAUCUAAACUUGUAGUAAGCAUGGUCGAAUUACCAAACAGAGUAGGGUCCAUUGAUUAUCAAUUAUAAUAUUAAAAACUGAUAACAUUUACCUCCACCCUAUGGCAAAAUUGGUAGAAUUGCAUGAAAUUAGCUGUAAAACUGCAAAUUUUUCUCUCCGCCCCAUGGCAAAAUGAGUAGAACUGCAUUAAAUUAGUUGUAAAAUAAAUACAAAAAUUCCCUCCGCCCUGUGGCAAAAUGUGUAGAAUUGCAGCAAACUUGCUUUAAAACGCCAACAUUUUCUCUACGCCCCAUGGCAAAAUGUGUGGAAUUGUAGGAAAUGAAUUUUAAAACUUAAAAUGUUUAUUUUCGCUGUCACGAGGGGUUCGCUACAAUGUUUUGUUCGCGGAGGGUGGUAUGGAUGUGGGUACGCAGACCCACGAGCCACUGCAGUCCCUCAUGAUGAGUUCCAUUGCCCAUCCCUGUAGUAAGCUAUCAAGAUCUCCAAGACAGAGACUGCCAAUCCUUUUAUAGAUGUGAUGUCUUUCAUUUUGUCUGUUAUCUACCGCAGGUGACAGAGAAAACAACACAAACUCUACAGUUGUGCUUCUUUCAUAGAAAAGUCAUCAAGAAUUUCUUGUGUCAAGUUUAGUCAUACAUUGUUGUUGAUUCCUUGUCCAGGUGUGCGGCGAUGUUCCCUUUAGCGCUGUGGUGAGCAUAGUGUGCUAGUGUUGUCUAUACCUCUGUCUGAAUAAUCCUCAAAGUUAGAUUAUCAAUGUGCUACUUGUAAACUAUAUGCAUGAGUGUAAACAUAACUGUAUAUAGUAAGCCGUAGUUAUCAUUAACAUUAGGGGACACAUUUUGAUAAUGAGUAGUAAUGGAUUUGGGUUCAUUAACUUUGUUUUUGUGUGUUUGCUCCUGGAACAAUGUAAUCUGAAAGACUACACUUCUUUAAAGUAAUGUGAACAAAUCAUUUUCUUAUUUGUAUGAAAGGCAAUAUCUCAUACUCUUGUGUUGAUGAAAGUUAUUCGUACUGUCCAAAACUACAUUGCUCUGCUUGAGUUUGCUGAUGUCAAGUUUGAGGAAAAGACGAAGCAGUACUUUGUCUGUGUUAUCUUUUUUGUAUAUAGUGUACAGUUGUCAAAGUGAGGUAGUUGGCCUCAAUGUUGAAAAUAUAAGAUUCAAGAUAUUUAUUUUCCUACCCUUUGGGGACACAAGAAUAGCUAAUGUUGCCUUCCAGGGGAGCUGCGUUUGAAUUGACUUUCACCCCUCUUUUCCUCUAUAUUUCUGAAUGAGUCUGGGUGGUUCUCAAGGUCCUUGAUGAGGCAUUUUUAUCCUUUCUUGCAAUGGAAGAUGGCUUGUCGUCAUUCAGGGGCCAAAACGGAUACUACAUACCUACUACAGAGUGAAUUCAGCCAAACCUAAAAAAAGAAGUAUCACUUUAUCAGUAUUGUGUGAAUGCAUGGUAUUGUAACUUCUUUCACAGUUUUGACUGGUUUAAACAAAACAAAAGGAAUCAAGCCCAAUUUUUUCUCUCACAUUAAGCACAUUGAUUCACUAUUAGGACAGCUGAUGCGUAAAAAAUAGCCAUAUUAUGACUUCUGUUUAUUUCACCUUUCUCAUUGUUCCUAUUAGUGAUGUCACACACAUUGACAAUAUUUUAUUGAUACACUCUUCCUCAGCUUGUCACAAGCCUAGGCCCAUCUCUAGACUAAUUGUUUUAUGUAUUAACAUUGGUCAUAUAUACUGUAUAGCCUGGUCCCCUUCUGUAAGUGUGCUGUAGCCAACUUUCUAUUCUUCUAUCCUUGUCAAGCUAUACAUACACUAUAUAUACAUAUGGAAACCCCUUCAAAUUAGUGGAUUCGGCUAUUUCAGCAAGCACCAGUUCCUGACAGGUGUAUUAAACUGAGCACAAAGCCAUGCAAUCUCCAUAAACAAACAUUGGCAGUAGAAUGGCCUUACUGAAGAGCUCAGUGACAUUCAACAUGGCACCGUCAUAGGAUGCCAACUUUACAGCAAGUCAGUUCAUCAAAUUUCUGCCCUGCAAGAGCUGCCCCGCUCAAUUGUAAGUGCUGUUAUUGUGAAGUGGAAACAUCUAGGCGCAACAACGGCUCAGCCAUGAAGUGGUAGGCCACAC